AGGUGUUUUUGGUUGUGCCGUCAUUUUUCAUAGCCUCUUCUUCUCUCAACGAGUUGUUGUUGCAGUUGGAAUUACUUGGUGGUGAUUCAGGUUCAUUUGUUUGCCCUGAAGAGGAACCAACAUUGUUCCAAUUUAGACUUUGCAACCCCUCUGUGGCUCUCAUCCAGUCACCAAAUUGUCCCUCCCUGAGAGUCUUGUUUUUUAUAUCUUCCAUUCUAAUGCUUCAGGAUUUUUCAAUGUGUUUUAUCUUUCCACAUAGGUGUUUAGGUAAUCCGUUAGAAGGCUUUUGGGUACAAUUUAUUCGAGCCUUUAUAUUUAUAUUUUUCGGUCAUCAUCAUCACCUUGUCGCCGCCGUUCGCCGCCGUCAACAACCGCCGGAAACCACCUGUCACCGCCGUAAGUCAGCCAGGCCCAGCCGAUCGCCACCGCAAGCUGACGCUCGCAGCCGUGCACCAGCCAGGCCCGACGCCGACUCCCAGCAGCAUCCUCGAGCGACGCCCGUGAGGUCCCACGAUCAUCUGCUCGUUGUCGAUCGUCCGCGCAUCUCGCCAGUCGCCGUCCGCGCAUCCCCAGCGCGCAAGGAGUACGCGCGCAGCAUCCCGCGAAUGCCCAGUAGACCUGCUCCGCACGCACGCUGUCCAUUGACUCUAUUUCAGAUUUCAUCGCCUUUUGCUAAGACUCUGCGUCCCGAUCUUGGAGUGCCUCAUUGUAUGUCCAUGGGUCGGAUUCAAGAACGUUCAGCCUCAGAAGACUCUCCCAGACCCAUGAACCGUUCGAGCUGCUGGACAACCCUCCCACUACGACGAGGUACUACCUGCUCAGGUGCAUCAUCAGCGAUACGUGUUGCAGUACUUUGUGGUGUAAAAUAUAGCGCACUCGGUAUUGAAGUACUCACUCCCUUUAACUCCUCAAGAACAUGUCUACUACUGGCUUAUGAUCUAAGACAUAAUCUUAUUCCAAGAACCCUUACUUCUGAUCUCGGUUCAAACUUAUCAGUAUCGGUUCUCAGCAUAUGUGCUGGACUACCCCAAAUCCUGAGAUGCCUUAGACUAGGCUUAUGCCUAGACCACAACUCCAAUGGUGUAGACGGUACUGAUUUAGAAGGUACUCUAUUCAAAAUGUAUACCGCUGUUUCUAGGGCAUAUCCCCAAAACGAAUCUG